AAAUCUGGUGCUCGGAGGCCACGUCCGCCGCUAGGCCAUGGUAGUCCAGGACUAGUCAGUCUUCUUUUGCUUAUAUGUUCAAACCAAACCAGCGUAAUUUAGCUUAACCAGGUUGAGAGAGAGAGAGAGAGAGACGCACACACAGUACAGAGCUAUGGAUUCUUCUUGCAGAAUUGAGUUCGACGUGAUAGUGAUCGGUGGAGGCGUCAUGGGCAGCUCCACGGCUUACCAAACUGCCAAAAGAGGUCAGAAGACACUCUUACUCGAGCAGUUCGACUUCCUGCACCACCGUGGCUCUUCGCACGGCGAGUCUCGCGGGAUGCGCGCGACAUACAAGAAGGACUACUACACCAAGAUGGCCGUGGAGUCCUCGAAACUGUGGAGAGAGGCCGAGUCAGAGGCGGGCUACAGCGUCUACACUGACACCGACCAUCUUGACAUGGGGCCAGGGGGGAGUGCUAGCCUCAAAGCAGUCAUAGCGAACUGUGAUAAGAACUCAUUCCCUUAUCAGAUUCUAGACCAUGGCCAAUUCGCUGACAAAUUCUCCGGAAAGCUCAGCAUACCAGAGGAUUGGAUUGCGGUGUAUACUGAGCUUGGCGGUGUCAUUAAGCCGACGAAAGCGGUGUCCAUGUUCCAAGCGCUCGCAUUUCAAAAGGGAGCUGUGCUGAGGGACAACAUGGAAGUGAAGGAAAUCAGUAGAGAUGAAGUGAAAGGAGGCAUAGUGGUCUGUACCACCAGGGGCGACAAGUUCUGGUGCAGGAAAUGUGUGGUCACUGCUGGGGCUUGGACCAGGAAGCUGGUUCGUUCAAUCGCUGGGCUUGAAUUGCCGAUUCAACCCGUGCACGCCACAGUGUGUUAUUGGAAGAUCAAGGAGGGUCACGAGGAGAAAUAUGCCAUCGGCGGCAAUUUCCCGACGUUCAUCGGCUAUGGAGAUGUGCAUGUAUACGGGACGCCGUCCUUGGAAUUCCCGGGGCUGAUCAAGAUCACACUGCACGACGGAUGCCAGUGUGAUCCCGAUAGAAGGCAGUGGAGGCCCGAGCUGGAGUUGGAUUCCCUGAAAGAGUGGAUCAGGAGAUUUCUGGGACUGGUGGAUGGCUGCGCACCCGUGUCCAUGCAGACCUGUAUGUACUCGAUGACACCGGACGAGGAUUAUGUGAUCGAUUUCUUGGGAGGGGAGUUCAGGGAGGAUGUGGUGAUAGGUGGUGGGUUUUCGGGUCACGGAUUCAAGAUGGCUCCAGCGGUAGGGAAGAUACUGGCGGACCUCGCACUCACUGGGCAUGCAGAUGGGGUGGAGCUCGAGCAUUUUAGGAUUGGAAGGUUUGAAGAGAAUCCCAAGUGAAGCAGCAAAAGCCAUUUCUCUAUGCUCGACUAAUAAUCUGUGAUUUGGUCUUUGGUUUCUAAUGAUCUAUUGUCUCAAUCAUGUCCUACCGACAUAAACAGCUGUAUGUAUCCGUGAGUUGUAUGCGUACAGCAUCUGUCAUUGCUUUCUGCCUUUUCUUUUUCUUGCAUGACCAAGCACCUUCUCUGAGCCAAGUGGACUCAAUUUCAGAUACAAUUAAUGCUGGAAAAUUGAUCAUCGUGCUACCUUUUA